AUGACAAUAUCUUGUGCUUGUUGUAUUUUGGUUAUAUUUUUGUCGUACAGAGUUUACAAAGGAACAAAGCGUGAGUACACGUGGAUCUUGGGAUUCAAUACGGUCAUCGAUCUGGGCUACUCGAUUGUCUUUGGAUUCGUAACACCGGUGGGUUUAAGAAAACGAUGUAUUCUGUGACAGCGCGGCCUAGUGAUUUUUAAGUGAUAUUUAAAGGAUAUUUAAGGGCCGACCUGGCCCAGCUCCUUGAGAUUUUAAUGUCCUGCCCGGCUCGGGGUGGCUAAAAACUAUCGCUUCAACACAGCACAUUGUUUUUAUGAUGUAUCUUACAUUAGCCAUAGUAGAUCCACGCUUUCAUGUAUGCUAAGUGCUCUACCUUUAUCAGUUUUCAGAAUUCCCUUUUCACCUCCUCCUACCUCUACAUUUCCACAGAAAACCCAUUCCUUCAGCAAGCCUCUCCUCCAACCAUCGACAUUUGCAUUAUGCUCGUUGUCUUCUUCUUACUUUACACCCCCGCAGUAAAUGCCAUUCAUUUUUGGUACCGUUACGAUAUCAUGUGUAAUCGGUCGAUUUGGAAGAGAAAACGAUACGCAAUGACUUGCAUCGGCUUCGGGAUUUACACAGGAUUACAUUGUUGGUGGUUUUAUCAUUGUUCUACAAGGAAGUCUAGUGAGACUGUGAUGGAUAUAAUUACGAAUACCAGGUUCAAGAGCGAUGUUCAAGCACAUAUUGGGGUUGAUAAGGUAAUGACCGUCGGCCAGAAAUUUGAAAUUGGUAAAUUCCACUUAAACCAACCACUUAUUGUUAGAGAAAGGGUGUCUAUGUAUAAAAACUGAGCCAGACACUGACCAAAUAAUUUUUUAGACUGUUCUUAUUCACUUUAAAAUAUGUAAAAAUGCUGGUUUUGCGUAAUAGUAAUCUCAUCUUUUUUUGCAGAAUCAAGCAGGUUACACCUUCUCCCAAAUUCACUGUCAAGUUAUGCUCUUCCUAGAAUACGGAAUGAUCUGUUACUUUGGGCGAAGGAUUAUCUCCAAGAUGAAUGAAAUUUCGGGCCGAACAACCUACCACGCUCAAAGAUACGUGGUCAAAGUCAUGGUGCUCCAGGUAACAAAGCCAUUGCUCUCAAAUACCCAAAUUUGCAGGCCGUCUACCCACUUCUCCUCUACUUUAUCCCCCUUUUCGCUCUCAUGUUCUUUAUCCGCGCCGGAGAGUCGUUCGAUCUGAUCGGAUAUGUCUGCGCAAUGUCCGUGCAACUGUUUACUUUGCUCAGUGCCCUCUCAGUACUCGUCCUUAUCCCGACAUACCGUCGGACGUUGUUGGAGAGAGCGGUGAAUUCAGAUACAAAUGAGACAAAGGUUUUCGGAGUUUCCGCGGUGGAAAAUCUCUCUGAAAGAAAUAAUAAUGUAUUAAUAUAAUAAAACGACUUUGAAAGUUUUUGUUUGGAACUGUAACUUGGCCAUAUAUCAGACAGAAAGUUAUCGGCCGGGUGCAAUGUUUUUUACAUGUUUUGUAACCUCCCUUCAACUAAAAAUUCCAAAAUUAAUUGGCAAAUUUCAUCGUAUGGCUUACGGCGUGGGCAGAAACACCUGUAAAAUAAUUGGCAAUAAUUUACUCAGUCAUUUAUGAUAGAUUACAAGUUUAUUUUUCAACUUUCUAAAAACCGAUGAAUUCAGUCUCUUCUAUUCGACUGAUUUUUAAAAUCUAUUGUGCUUCAACUGCGAUCAUAUCGUUGGCGGCCUCCAUCUUGGUAGUAUUCAUAUCGUGUGUUAUGUACAAAAAAGAGAAAAGAGAGUAUACUUGGAUCUUGGGGUUCAAUACGUUCAUCGAUUGCGGAAUGUCAUUAUCGUUUGGCGUUGUAAUGCCGGUGAGUAAAAAAACGGUCGUCUUCGAGGAAAGUUCUCAAAAGUUUGUUCAAGAAGACGUACCUACAGUAAGACUGGACCUUGUUCAAAUGCUGAUUAUAUUCUGUAAAUAGGCGUUAUAUAAAGGCGGGCGCACACUUGCGGGCGACCACUUUGCGGGCAGCCGACAUUUGCGCGUAGCCUGGAAGAUUUGCGGGUAGCCGACAUUUGCGGGCAACAGACACCUGAUUGUGAGGGUAACAGGGUGGAGUUGGAAAAAUUACUAUGAUAUUUUGGAAAUUUGCCGACAUUUGCGGGCAACCGGCACUUGAGGAAAACAAGGUGGAGGUGGAAAAAAUGCUGUUGCCCACAAAUGUUUCAGCUGCCCGCAUAUGUGACCCCCCAAAUUUUGCCCGCAAAGUGGAUGCCCGCAAGUGUCGCGACGCCUAUAUAAAUUACUGGAAAAUUCAACUGCAGACAAAAUUCCAAAAUUUUGGCCAAGUUUCCCAAAGCAGCAGCCGAUAUUUUCCCUACAGUGCAGCCAGCCUCUUGCAGAGGUCGCCUGCUCGUUGUCAUAAAAAUCAAAACCCUCAUUUUGGUCCUUUACUUUUCAACAAGCUCACACAAUAUUUACUCUCCAGUAAGCCGGAAAACCCACAAUUUCAGGUCUCUCUUUUCACCGACAUAAACUUCUACAUUAUGUCUGAAAACUCUUUCCUUGGAGACAUCCCAAUCGUCUUGUUCAAUAUUCUGGUGAUUCUUUUUAUCUUCUUCCUUCUCUUCGUCCCCUUCAUCAACGCAAUCCACUUCUGGUAUCGCCAUGAUAUGCUGUGCACUGGGAAUACCUGGAAUCGCCGUCGUUACGGCCUGACAUGUCUUGGAUUUGCUGUCUACACUGGCUUACAUUGUAUUUUAUUUUACAUUUGUGGCACAGAAGAGACAACAGCGACUGUUGUAGAUAUUGUGUUAAACACGGUCGUUUCUUCAGACGUCAAGCGACAUUUGGUGAUUAAAAAGGCAUGUGUUCAUAAGUCUUGUUUCAAUUUUGGUUUUCCUUUUCAGGACCAACUUCUUUUCUCCAUCACCCAAAUGCACUGUCUAUUCAUGUUUUCCAUGGCAUACGGAGCAAUGCUGUACUUUGGAAGACGAAUUAUUUCCAAGAUGAGAGAAAAUACGGGGAUUACAACUCAUGCCGCCCAAAAAUAUGUUGUCAAUGUGAUGAUCUUGCAGGUAAGAGUACUCCGUGUUGGCAAAACACGCUUUGACCAACAGCUUUGUUUCUUUCGAUUUUUGUCUGGCCGGCCCUCCUAAUUUUACGUGCUAUCUCAAAAAAUGUCUCUAAAUUUCGGCUGCGGUUCGAAAUUACUAGCUAAAAUUUUCAGGGAUUUAUUUUAAGACUAUCUAAAGAAAACCCACAAAGUCUGAAGCAAAUCGCACAAUUUGAAGCAAAAAAUUUUCAGGCAAUUUACCCGCUGAUUCUCUACUUUAUCCCGGUUUUUGGCCUACUGUACUCAAUCAUUUCGCGGAAGCCCUACGAUUCAAUCGGAUAUGUUGUUUCGAUGUCAAACCAGCUUUUCACAUUGCUGAGUACACUGUCGAUUUUACUUUUUAUCCCUGCGUAUCGAAAAACAAUCAGGAAUCUUAUUUGGGAUCCAGUAACAAGUUCGAUUAAACAGGAGCCAACGACCGGAACUACAGGCGAAAUUCAUUUCGUUAGUUGAAGUAAUUAUAUCUAGAAAAGCAGGCAGACAACAACGUGUUUAAAAAAUUACAAGUGUGCAUAACAUUCGAUCUCAAGGAUUUAAAAUUGAGGUCAAAUUUUACGUGAUUAUUUCAAAAAAAAUAUGAAAUAAAAGUGUUAUUUAGCCUUGAAACGUGAUAAAAAUGAUCGUACAUGUCGUGUUUAAUCUUUUUAGCAACUAUUAUGCGUGUCAUUACACAAUAACGCGCCUUUUUUGACCUUCUUUCAUCCCCAUCUACUACAAUAAAAUUUCCGUUUUUAGUGGGAUCGCAAAUUUCAAAUUGACUAA